GUGCGGCGCUGGCCAGGUUUCCUGCAAAAGGUGACCCGGGGCCCAGCGGGACAGAAUGGGAGGAUGGUGACGGGAGUCCCGGUCCCCGCGGUCAGCGAGCCCCAGGACGGCGACGAUCUGCAGAGCAGGAUCCUAGAUGUGCCACUGCAGCGUUCGGACUUCUUCAAUGUCAAGGAGCUAUUUUCUGUGAAGAGCCUCUUCGAGGCCCGAGUUCACCUGGGACAUAAAGCUGGGUGCCGUCAUAGGUUCAUGGAGCCGUACAUCUUUGGGAACCGCCUAGGCCAAGACAUCAUUGACCUGGAUCAGACAGCCUUGAAUCUCCAGCUGGCCUUGAACUUCACCGCCCACGUGGCCUACCGCAAGGGCAUCAUCCUGUUUGUGAGCCGGAACCGGCAGUUCUCUCACUUGAUUGAGAGUACAGCCCGGGACUGCGGGGAGUACGCCCACACCCGCUACUUCAAGGGUGGCCUGCUGACUAACGCGCGCCUCCUCUUUGGGCCCACAGUCCGCCUCCCAGACCUCAUCAUCUUCCUGCACACGCUCAACAAUGUCUUUGAACCCCACGUGGCCGUGAGGGAUGCGGCCAAGAUGAACAUCCCCACAGUGGGCAUUGUGGACACCAACUGCAACCCAUGCCUCAUCACUUACCCUAUCCCCGCCAAUGACGACUCUCCCCAAGCUGUCCAUCUGUUCUGCAAGCUCUUCCGCACAACCAUCAACCGGGCCAAGGAGAAGAGGAGGCAGAUGGAGGUGCUGCAUCGUCUACAGAGUCCCAAGGGGUCUGAGGGCAGUGGGAGCCAUUCCCCAUGACAGGAAGCUCCUUGUCCAGCCCUGAGCUAGAUCCCCAUUCCCCAUGCCCAGCAUCAGCGUCCUAUAUUCAGAGUCUGAUCAUCCUGAGCUAGCUCU